GUAGCAGACGUUUGUCAAAAUGGCUGCCACGCUGUCUUUUAGAUGGCUGGAACUGCUAGAAAAAGAAUUCGACAAGGCUUUUGUAGAUUUGGAUCUCCUUUUAGGAGAGAUAGAUCCAGAACAAUGUGAGCUAACAUUCGAAGGUCGCCAGAAAAUGACAGCUUUGAGUGCUGCCUUUGCUCAGCUGAGUCACAAAGCACAAACAAUCUUCCAAUGCAACGCAAAGCUAGAGGCUCAGCUUCUGGACAUGCGUUCUGAGCUAGUUGAGGAAAGGGCAGCAAAGGAGGCACUGCAAUCAGAACUCCAUACCAUGCUCCUGCAGCUUCACUCCACACAGUUGCAGAUCCAUGCCUUGCGAGGUAUUGAAGUGGAUUCUGCUGACAUCAAAAGGAAGUUGGAGAGUGAACUGUCUACACGGCAGCAGGCAGUCAUGAGUGUAGGGCGCCUGGAUGCAGAAGCCAAAAGCCUGCGGAGAGAGAACUCAGAACUAAGGCAGUACAUCCUGGCUCUGCAAAGUGAAGUGUACGGUGCCCGGCUGGCGGCCAAGUACCUUGACAAAGAGCUGGCUGGCAGAAUCCAGCAGAUUCAGUUGCUUGGGCGGGAUAUGAGAGGAGCAGAACAUGAUAAACUAUGGAAUCAAUUGGAGGCUGAAAUUCACCUUCAUCGGCAUAAAACUGUCAUCCGUGCUUGUCGAGGCCGUGCCAACCGCAAGAAAAAACUCCUCAGCCCUCCAGGACAUGAUUUUCAAAGCCUGAAGCGAAAACAUGGCCUUGGAGAUGUACGCAAAGUUGUUCUUCAGAAAGGUCCUGAUGAGGGUUUGGGCAUGUCUAUCACAGGUGGAAAAGAGCAUGGGGUUCCCAUUUUAAUAUCAGAGAUUCAUGAAGGUCAGCCAGCAGAGAGAUGUCAGGGACUGUAUGUGGGUGAUGCUAUCUUGUCUGUCAAUAAUCUCGACCUUCGAAAUGCCAAGCAUGCAGAGGCAGUCAAAAUUCUUUCACAGCAACAAGGAGAGAUAACUAUGGAAGUAAUGUUUGUGGCACCUGAUGAAGACAGUGAUGAUGAAAGCAAGGAAUUUGAAGAUGAGCAUGGAUUCAGAUACAGGAUUUAUGAUGAUGAGGUAAUUGGCAACCUUAAUGAAGACCAUCAGAAAAGUGGCAUAGCACAGCAGUCCCUGGCAAAUGGUCCUGCACCUCCUUUGGCUGUCAACGGCAAUGCAAAGCCAGAAACAGUGGAAUCGCCAAAUACAAAAGUGUCACCACAGUCCAAAGAUGGUACCCCAACCAGUUAUACAAAUAAUUCCCAAAAAGAUGUGACAUCAACCACUACAUCAUCUAAUUCUUUAACUUCUCCACCUGCAUCUUCAGAAGCAAGUGCAGCCACAUCAUCCAGAAACCCAAAAACCACAAGCCCAGUAUCUUUAGUGGCGCCAGCAUCUAGCUAACAUUUACAGAGGGAACGUGGUUACAGAAUUUUUUGGGCAAAUCGUUUGCUCAAUAGAUCAUUCCCAUUUUAAGCCUUGAAUCUCCAGCUGCAGAGAUGUGCCAAAAAUCCCAGUGCUACUGUCUUUUGGUACAACACUUUUUUUUUUAUGGUUCUUAAACUGAUCAAAGCAAGCCUUUUGUAAAUGUUACUGAUACUUUAUUUCAAAAGGUUGAAAAGAGAAUUUUAUGAAUCAUGCUAAAGAUAUGGUAAAGGAACACAUAUUCAGGUUACUUUUUCCAUACCUUGUCAUACAUAAAGGAGUUAGGUUAAUGCACUCAGAGCUUUAUUCUACCAGCAAUAGAAUGUUAGCUUUGUUUUGUCAUAAUGAUUGGCUCUUUUGCCCAUCGUGAGUUAUUGCAUCAUCUUGCAGUGAUCUGUCAAAAUUAAGAAGCAGGGGAUGGCAGGCAAAUGCAGUGUGGUCAACAGUUUGAGAUUCAAUUUUGAAUCCUCAUUUUAUUCUUCAGUUUCAUGAGAUGUUACCUUUUCAUCAUGAAAAUCUAUCUCCUGGAAUUUGCUUGCAUGACUGCAAAUAGGCAUGGUGUUGAAUAGUAACUUUGGCAUGUGACCUUUUCCACAUGGAAUUAUGGUUAUGUAAGAGUUACAAAUAAUGCUUCAUUUUGGUGACCAUAACUGAAAGACUGGCAAAAACCACCCCAAUGGUUGUAGUUUCGUGCCUACUUUUUCUUCUUUCUCGAAGAAAAGCACUGUCACAAGGACAAUUUAUAAUAGUUUUUCACUUCUGACCUUGAGUGAAUGUGUGGGCAUAAGAGAUUGAAAGAGGAAAUGGAUGGAUAAAUUUAUGUCAAUUGUUAUGGGAUGGGCUUAAAAAUUAAAAGACAGUUGUUUUGCUUAAAUUAUUUAAAUAUUAAAAUUUUAUUUGAAUUUAAAUGUUUAAAAUUAUUUCUAAUUGUUGUUCUUAGUAAAUAACUUUGUUUCAGGUUCUGCUACAAUAAUUUAUUUUGCUUUCCCGUGGUAGUGUAAAAACUCUCGAAACAUAAUAGUGAUCAGAAAAUGUGAACUGUUGAUAUGUGUCAGAGCUUGUGUAUGUCUUUCACAAGGGACUUGCAUUUCUUAAAGCAGUAUCUAUAAUGCCUUUAUUAACAAGGUCUGUUAGUGCUGAAUUACCUAUUACACUCUGUUCAUAAAUAACAUAAUUAUGAGAAAACUCCUCCAACUAAACUGCAAUUCAUUUUUGUGAUUAAGAUAUCUGCCUGAUUGAUCAGAAAGGUAUUAUUAUGCAUGGCACCCAUCAAAAAUUUGUGUAAGAGUAAAUGAACACUUUUUUUUUUUUUUUGCAUGGAAAAAGGUGGUUAGACGUAGUUACAUGUUGUAUGGGAUACAGGCAGAGGUGCUUUUUCUAAAAAGUCUUUUUGAUAAUUUAUAGAUCAUUCUGCAGUAAUACCAUUGCUAUAGAUGCUAGUCAAGAGUCUAAUGUACUGUCAAGUGCAUUAAAGUACAAAUAAGUCUUUUCACUUGUAAACAUAACUUAUAGGAAAAUUGUGAAUAUGUUACUCUAUUCCCCACCUCAUUUUUCUCUUCGAGAUCACAGAUUUAUGAGUUUACAGACCAUUCCUUUGUUUAAUAUUUUGUAAUGAUAAAUUCAUGACAUAAACAAUUUUAUUUUCUCCCUAAGCUUUUUCAUUGUUUUGAGUGGUAUAUAAUUUCUGCAUGCUGGUUUAGUCCUGUAGUAGACUAAGCUUGUAAUAGUUGUACCAUAUGCUUCUCAGUACUCAUUAUUGUGGUAUUGCAUGCUUUUGUCAGUCCCAUUCAUUUUCUGCUUUAUGUACAAGAUUUUUCACUUUUGCUCACAAUAAGAUUAUUCCUUGUAAAUAGAAGACAUGAACAGUGCCAUAAGCUUACAUUGCUAUUUACACCUCAAAGCUAAGUUACUGAUAGUGUACACGAUCUUUAAGCUUACUGAGCAAGAGGACUUUUUUCAGUGUUUUGAUAAGGCUGUCGGAAUGUGCUUUGUCCGGCAAACAUUCCACAUUUUAAGAAUGAUUUACUUUUUCAUGUUUAGCAGGUUUGGCAGCAAUCUUUAUCAGUUUUUACAUGCUGGCGCAAGAUCCAUUUUUCUUUUGAUAAGUAGCAUUAUAGUUGUUUUGGCUAGAGGCUUAAUGUUUGCCUGCUUCUUGCUACGUUCAAGACGGUGAAAGCCAUCUUUACUGUUCAACAUGGCUAUCUUGCUGGACUUAUUGGUACAGAAAACGCACCCCCAAAUAUUGUUAUCUCUAGUCACAAUUCAUGCUAAAUGGUAAAAACCAAGACCAUGGUCUGCUGUUCUGCUCUGUUGACUCAUAGGUACUGGGUUUCUUGACACAACCACAUAUUUAUAUUUGGGGGAUUUUUUUUGUUGUUGGUUCAAGCACAUACCUUCCAUAUGAAGAAGUUGGUGUAGUCCAUAGUUAUCCAGAUAAGAUUAUCAGCAACAAUUAAUCAAAGGGAUUUGUACAUUGGAUCUUAGUUUCCAUUUUGAUGUUAGUAUUCAUUUCUUAGUUACAAAUAGAGUCUAUGAAUGUUUGCCUUUGUUGGUUGCAGGUUUUUCCUGCUGAAAUGUUCAGUAGUAACUGCAAAUCUGUUUCGUGGUUUGUUUGGGGUUUUUUUUCAGAUUUUGAAUGUUCAUGUGGGUUUUUUUUUUUAAUGGAGUAUUUAGCAGAUUACUUACUACCUGCUAUCCACAUCUUUGAGUAUAGUGUACAUAUACCACACAGCUCAGAAAUUGUUUCUUCCUGUACAAAAAAUUCUUUCAGAAGUGCCUUUCCAUAAUGUUUCUUAUUCUCUUUUUUUGCAACCAUUGUCACCUUGUUCCAAUGUCGGAGAAAGGUGGGAUCCAUCCACCUCACAGCUUUUUAUGCGACCUGGUAAAGUGUGAGUUAUAAGAAAGAGAGUGCUUCCCAUUGUCUACUAUUCUGCGGUGCCCUAGAUGAUGAUACCUAAGUCAUGCUUUUCCAUGAAAUCCAUGCUCAGUUUUAAUGAACCAUCAUAUUAAAUGAAAGAUAAACACUGCAUUUUACUUGCUAGUAUUUGAGCAGUCAUGCACUUUUUAAACUAGUAGAAAUGUCAGGCAUAAAAGCUGGGUAUAAUCAAGCUGUGAUUUGUAUAAAAGCAGUAUUGCAUGAUCCCAAAAAGAUGAGUAAACAAGACUCCCUACUGUGAAGCUUCUUAAAUGUUCAAGUCCUCUUGUACGCUUGUUUAUAUCCAAGGGACCAUGUAAAGUGUUGCAAAUUUUUUUUUUUUUUUUUAAGUUGCCUGUUUUAACAAUGAUUGCAGUAUGUUGACAAAGUAACUCAAGGUUACAAUGUCAAAAAUCAGUUUGCUUUUGAAAACCUUGCUUGCGCUGUUUCACUUUCGUGAUUUAUUGGAGUAAUAUUGGUUUUUAAAAACAUAAUCACAUUUUUGUAUUGUUCUUGACUGGAGUAAAUGGAAUGCAGACUUUUCAUGGAAAGACUGCCUGCCUACUUUGCAUUGAAGUCAGUUUAUUGACAUACACAAUAUAUUUGAUAUUUUUUGGUGUAUGGAAACUGCAUUGUGGUAUUGUCAUUCUUGGUGGAUUUGCUCCCCCUACUUCCCACCCAUUUGGUGGUAUCAAGCUAUAUGAUUUUAUGGUUGUUUUAAUUCUGGAGAAUUUAGAAAAAUAAUUCAUUGCAGUACAGAACCUGUCCAGAGUGAGUGAUUUAUACUCUUUUGUGGAUACAUUUGUAAGAUAUGCCAGAACUGGUCUGUGAUUACUGUGUGUUUAAGACAAAUGUAUGACUGUGGACUACAUGUCACCAGCUACAUCUGUGAUCUUGUACAAAUAUGACAGUUGUUUGAUGGACAAAAAGCUGUGAUGCAGCUAGGUAUCAUUAGCUUGUUCUCUUUGUCCUGUUGCACUUCCAGACUGUAGAUUAUAGUUGUUUAGGAUUCUCUUAAUAUUUUCGUAUGGUCCUGUUAGCAGUCUUUAUUCAAAGGUGCUUUUCAUUGCCAAGUUUAGUCUUGGUGAUUCUGUAUCACCAAUACUCUAACCCUGGUGUUUGGGUGUCUAAAGCAGUAAACACAAGCCUGUGGCAAUAAAUGUCCGUAUCUAAUAUAUUUAGCCACCUAUUUAUUUUUUUAUUACAACAGAAGCUUUAUCUUUCUCCUCUCAUAAAAAAAAAAUGUUCCAAAGCCCUGAGAAUACCAUGUGUAAACCUCAUCACAUAUAUGAGCAUUAUGAUAGAUUUGCUAUUUUAUCCUCCCAUUAAAAUAAUCGACUUUAUUUUACUUCCAAAAGUUAUCACUUUUGUGAAAAAUUUAUUGUGAAUCACAGGUAACACCCAGUUGCAAGAAUUUAACGCUGGUGAAAUUUCUAAAAUGAAAGGAUGAAUGGUUUUCUUGGACACAUGACAAAUGAAAACUUUCUAAAGCGGAUGCUGUUAGAAGCCAGUUACCAUGAUUAAUUGCUUGGGCUUUUCUUUGCAAGAUCACUAACAGAAAUAUCCUGGAACUUUAGGGAACUCAAGUCUUCUACUCGGAUAUUAGCUGCUCUGUUAGGCCUAGCCAUGAGACCCUUAAAAAAGAGAUGCAUGCAAUAUUGACUUCACUUUGCAUCUAAAUCCUAUUGAUCAACAUUCUUGAUAUGUCACAAUAAGUAUUAUGGUACUUUAAGAAAGUCUAGUAAACUUGCUUUUUUUUUUUUCUUACUGUUUUGUGUUGCUAUCCCACAAAUCACUAUGUUGUAAUUAAUUUUUUUUGGAUCAAGGGUGUGUUGUUUUUCCAGUAAGUGUUUGUUACUCUAAAACUUGUUGGGAAAGCAUUAAAAUAUUUGGUAAACGCU